AUAAUUAUUAAGUGGCCAAAUGGAUCAUAAUAGAGACAUCAAAUAUUCAACUUUGAAGGUGUCGGACACAGUUCAAUUUGGAGGAAUAAUGACAAAGGAGGAGUGCAAAGCGUUAGCUAAGAAAAUCAUGCAAAUUUAUGAUGGGGAUGGAAACGGCACUUUAGAUUCUUUUGAAGUUGGCUACAUUCAAUCAGAUUGUUAUAGGGCCAUGAAUAAAGGGUUUAAUCCAACUCCAACAGACAUUGCCGCUUUUUCUAGAAUCAUCGAUAGUAUGGAACUUAAUAAUUAUUAUAGGACGGUAAUGUGGUAUGGUGACUGAUAAAGAUAUUGAAGCUCUUUGCAUAAAAUACUUUGGAGGUAAUUUUGAUAGAAGUGAAAGAAGUGAAAGAGUGGUACCUGAACAAACAAUAAGUUAACAAAGAACUUAUGAGACAAGCUCAUUCAACAGAUAAGUCUCAAGUAAUCAAAAUAGUAAAGUCAUUACAGUUCAACAAUAAAGUAUAGUCACAAAUUAAGUUUCAUCAAUUCCUAAUUCACCUCCUGUCAGAAAUACAUACAGUCAGGUAGUUUAGGAGAGAUUGGAAGUGGCUAGAAGAAUAUUUAGAAUGUUAGAUACUGAAAAAAAUGGAUUUAUCACAGAAAAGCAUGUAAGUUAAAAAGCAUAUAAUUUAGGUUCCAUAAUUGCUCCAGGAAACAUAUAAAUUGAUGGGAAUGUCUAUUGAACCAACGCAAGAGGAUGUAGAAUUAUGGAUGGAAAUGGCAGAUGAAGACAGAGAUGGAAAGGUGUUUUUAAAGGAUUAUGAGGCCUUGGUAAUUAGAAGUCUAAAAUAAUAAGGAAUUGUUUUAGAAUGAUUCAAAUAAAUCAACAUUAAAAAAUUGAGUUUAAUAAAG